AUGGGCACAUCGGUUCCGACGGAGAGCGCGCCCUUACUGGGCGAUCGCCCGAACGCCGGGGCGGACCUCGAGGCUGGAUCCUCGCCGGAUCCGCGCGUCGAGCGCCAGAAGAGGCAAUCUCGCGGCAUGUUUCAGCGAGCCGCGGUGUUGUCCGUCGCCGCGACGCUCGUGCUGUUCGGUUGCGUGGCGAUGGCGAGCGUCCGCGGCGAGCGAUCGUGGGCGGCGUCGAAGCUCGGAGACGAGUACGACUCGCGCGAGGACGUGGACCUCGACUUCGUCGAGGAGUUCGACGGCGACGUCCUGGACGGGGGCAUUGGCGGGUCGGAGGUUUCCGACCCCGGGAGCGCGGCGCGCGCGUGGGACGACGCCGCGCCCGAGUCCCAGCCCGUCGCGACGACGGCGGCGGACUCGGAGGAUGAGACGGAUCCGUUGGCGGCGUGGAACGACGGGGUGAAAGACCCGACGCCGUGGAAGAACGUCCCCGAGGGCGGCGAGCAGGGCGCGGGCGCGGCCGAGGGCGGGGCGUCCGACGAGGCUGCCGAAUCCGACGGCAGAUCCGACGGCGAUUGGUUCCAAUCCCCGACGACGGAGGAGGCGACGCCGGCGGCGGCCGCGGCGGACUCCGACUCCGGCUGGCUCCCCGCGCCCCAGCAGGUGGGCGCAGUCAAGGCUACGCACGGUCCCAACGCGUGGACCUACGUGUCCCCGAACCCGAAGAAGCAGAAGCUCCUUCGCUUCUCGCCGUGCGCGUCCCCCGAGGAGGCGUACUCGCAAUGGACGACGUCGAGACUCCGCGACGACUGCGUCGUGGACGUGGACAACUGCCAGUACUGCGUGUGGGUCAACAUGUUCGACAGCGAGUACCGCAUGAACGACGUGGUGUCGCUGCGGGGGGACAACUACAAGCUCACGAGCCACUCGAUCCUCAUGCGGCCGGAGUUUAUCGGCACGAUUUUGCACCGCAUGUUGGCGCAGAAGCCGAAGGGCGCGGAUGGAGGCAUCCGGUGGGGCGUGGACGAGCGCGAGGAGGCCAAGUACAACUACAACUUCGUGAAAGACGCGGUGAGCAAGAUGGAGUGCGCCGCGCCCGAGGCUGACACGCUGCUCCUGCACAUGCGAGCGGGUGACUACGUCAACGACGCGCAAAAGUCCUCCACGUCCAUCGACAGCGCCAUCGAUCGCAUGCGCGCGUACGUGUCGCGUCGGCCGGACAUUCGGAAGAUCGAGAUCUCCGCGGUGUUACACUUUGGGAUGCCGGACCCGGACGACGACAUAUACAAGGAUCACCCGUUCCAGGUGUUGAAGAGCGUCGACGGCGAGGCUGUCUACGCCGUCAACGACGACGUUCUCCGGAAAAACGGGUACGCGUUUGCCAAGAUGUACGAAGCCGCCAAGCUCACCGGCCUGAACGUCGAGUUCUCGUCCCACGACGACCCGGACGACGACAUGUGCAGGUACGCCAAGGCGUGCCACUUCAUGAGCGCCACGAGGACGCAGGAGGAGGCUGACGUGUUGGGCACGGAAUUUAACCGCGUCUCCUUUGGCGAUUUGGUCGGCGAUUUGCACCUGCAGCUGGCGACGUGCCCGCCGCAGCGCACGCUCGCGGAGUCUCUGGAGGAAUCGUGGAGGGCGGAGGGGUUCGGGAGCGCGGUGGACGCGUACAACCAGCUGGGCGGGGAUCCGAUGGCGGUGAACGACGGCGGUCAGGGCACCGGCGAGCUCGGAGGGAAGCACUGGUGGUCCGCUUGGUGA